AUGACCAUGGCCAUUUUACAGAGUCUGCUCCUUUUGACUUUUAUUUCAGGUGCUCGCUGUCAGUCUCUCACCUCAUCAGAGGCAGUGGUCAGCAGACCAGGACAAUCAGUCACUCUGUCCUGUAGAGUUCAAGGACUCUCUUUGACUUAUUUACACUGGAUUCGUCAAAAACCUGGGAAAGGACUGGAGUGGAUCGGACGCAUUGAUAGCGGGACCGGCACAAUAUUUGCCCAAAGUCUCCAAGGCCAGUUUUCCAUCACCAAAGACACUUCCCAAAAUCGUGUGAAUUUAGUGGUGAACAGCCUCAAACAAGAAGACUCUGCAGUUUAUUACUGUGCAAAAGAGUUGUUAGACUGUGACUACGCUUUUGACUACUGGGGAAAAGGCACAAUGGUCACCGUCACGUCAGCCACUUCAACUGCACCCACUGUGUUUCCUCUGGUACCAUGUGGCGCUGAAAGUGGAGAUAUGGUCACUCUUGGCUGCCUUGCCACCGGCUUUAACCCUUCUGCGGUGACUUUCUCGUGGACAAAAGGCGGCACUGCCUUGACAGACUUCAUCCAGUACCCUGCAGUACAGAAAGGCAAUGCUUAUACUGGAGUCAGUCAAGUCAGAGUGAGGAGACAGGACUGGAAUGCACAACAGACUCUUCAAUGUGCUGUGAAUCACACUGCUGGGACUGUACAGGCUCCUUUCACAAAACCACAGGUGGAUAAAACUGACAGAGGCAAAACAGUAGCAGAUGUUGUCCCUACUGCAGAUCCGACAAACAAGCCAACAAUGGCAGUCUACAUCCUCCCACAGCAGCACACUGACCAACUUAACCCUAAAGAUCAAAUCACUCUGGUGUGUCUCGUCACCAGUACUGUGAAUGAGAUGUAUAAAAUCGAAUGGUCAGAAAUGUCUGGAGGGACAGUUGGACCUUAUGCUACAGUCACUGAUCUCCCUGCACAGCAGAGCAAAAAUGACCGAAAAUGGCGAAGUAUGAGUCUUUACACCACCAGUAAGGAAAACUGGGACAAAAACGCUCCAACCAAAAUGUUCAUCUGCCAUGUCCAGUCUAAAAAUAUUUCAAAACAUGUGUCCAACGCCCAUGAUGAUUUUUGUGAUCUGACUUGGGACGAUGUCACCGCUGAAGAGGAUUUUAGCAGCCUGUGGUCCACAGCUUCCUCCUUCAUAUUCCUCUUCAUACUCUCUCUCUUCUAUAGCAUAAUUAUCAGCCUUCUUAAGAUAAAGAGAUCAUAACAAAUGGGAUGGAAUUGGUGCGCUUCAUUUCUACUCUAUUUUUAAAAUCUAUUUUUCAUUUUCUUUUUAUGCACAUAAUCAUUUAUUUGAUACAUUAAAU